AUUCAACUGGAAAAUCUCAAUUUAUUUGCAGUAAAAUGUACAUUAGGUGUUAAUUCUUCCUAUUUCUUCACUCAUUUGUGGAUUGUCUUCAUAUCUAUAAGUUGUGAUUCUUGCAUGGUGAUGAGAAAUUGGCAGUAGACUGUAGCAGCUUGCUGACGCAGUGAAGGAUGACCCUGCCUCAGGCGAGAGGCCACUACCUCUGCGGUGGUUUCUCUUCCCGGGGGCUUCCUCCGACUCUUCGAGAGCACUAACGACGAGGAAUUCAACACAGCCCCAAGCCACGCUACAGCUACAGCUACAGCAGCAUUCUUCUAUCCCCGUGUCUGCUGCAAGACGUUACGUUGGGACACGUUGGGCGUCAUCCAAAAGAUCCUGAAGAACUGUGGCCCUUUAGUUCACCCUUUUCCCUCCCUGCUCACAGACCUUCUCACCAGAGUUCACACAGACACGGGGGAAAUGAUUUCUUGUUAUUCCACGACUAAAAAUAGCCAAGCUUUGUUCCUAUGUCUAUAAGCUGCUCUUUAACGUACCAUCAGACCUCACACUCAGUCGUAGCCUUGUUCUUAGUUACGUGAUGUUUGCGUUGCUUCACGUGUCUCUGCAGGAUGGUUUUGCAUAUUCCCCCCCCGAUGGGUUAUUCGGAGCCGCUCUUCCGGAGCGCUCAUCUGCAGAACUGAAAAGUGUUUGGAGGCUCACCUUGUGUUUUCUCCUCCCCCUCAUUUGCCACAACAUCCUCCUCGAAUGCCUUUGGUGUAGCAUGUUACCAUGUUACAUUAGCAAAAGCAAGAAGCCGCUAUCAUCCACUUCCUCUAAAGAGCAGUUUCCUCUCUCUCUCUCGGUUUGCUUUUUGCAAGCAAUAUUCUGAACAGAGGCAGAGAUCCUGACAUUGAGCGCACACAUCCCAGAUGAGAGGAACCUUUCUUCUUAGUUCCAGCAGGAACUGAAUGGAUUUUUUUCGAGGUGCCAUCCCAUCGGUGGAUGAUGAUGGAGGACAAGGGGCCCUCAAAAGGCUUAGUACCAUGUGGUCCUCCUUCCGCAGAGGCAAAAAAGACAAAGCCAAAGAGUCUGAGCUCACCGAGGCGCAGGACCCAGAGGUGGCCGACACGUCCAGGCAGCACCGCUACGUCAGCGGUCAGUACUUCUUCGAGUACCUGGUGGUGGUCAGCCUCAAGAAGACCAAGGACGGCAACAGCUACGAACCUCAAAUCACCUACCAGUUCCCAAAGAGGGAUGGCAUGGCGCGGUUUCAGAGGGAGGAGGAAGAGAAGACGCUAAAGGCGAUCACUCUCUUUUGUUUCCCAGAGGGCAUUAACUGGGCUCCUUUGACCGAAUACCACAGUGAGACCUUCUCCUUUGUUCUGACUGAGGUCGAUGGCAGCAGAAGAAACGGAUACUGCAGGCGGUUACUGCCGUCGGGGAAAGGAGCUCGUCCACCUGAAGCUUAUUGCAUCAUCAGCACGCUCGCUUGUUUCGGCCUCUUCUCUAAGAUAUUCGACGAGGUGGAGAGGCGGCGGCAGAAAUCCAUGGCCAUGAUCUACCCAUUCAUGCAGAAGCUGAGAGAGGCUCCAUUCCCCGCUCCAGGAAACACAGUGGAGAUCGAGAGUUUCAUUCCUGAAUUGGGCAACGAGAUCAUUCGUCUGACCCGGCCACUGGAUUCCUGGCUGGAACACGUCAACUUUGCCACUCUGUUUAGCUGCCUGACAGACGAGGAGGUGUUGCUGGUGUUCGCCGCGGCCGUCCUGGAGAGGCGGAUCUGUUUUGUCGCAGACGAGCUGAGCACAUUAUCUCAGGUCAUUCAUGCGGUAGCGGCCCUCCUCUACCCUUUCACAUGGCAGCACACCUUUAUCUCCAUUGUUCCGGAAAUCCUUAUUGACGUAGUAAUGGCUCCGACCCCCUACCUGCUGGGUGUCCAGAAGCGCCUGCUGGACCAGGUCACCGACCAGAGUGAUCUGCUGCUGGUGGAUUUGUGUGACGAUAAAGAGAAGACCUUCAUUGAAUCAAUUGGUGAUGAAGGCUCUAUUCUGCCACCAAAGCUCCAAAGUGAAAUACUGGAGAGACUAAGUAACAGACAAAAAGGAUUAGCGGGGGAGGAGCUGAACAGGGUGGUGUCGGAAGCCUUCCUCCACUUCUUUGUGAAAACCGUGGGCCACUACGCCUCGUAUGUGAAAAACAGCGGCGCCGGAGAAGAGCGGGUGUUUGAAAAAAGGCGCUUCUACAAGGCCAUCGAGUCCAAGACCACGCGGCACUUUGUUAAGAAGUUCAUCCAGACGCAGAUGUUUGACCUCUUUAUUCAGGAGGUGGAGCAGCAGACUGGGCCGCAGCAAGGAAUAUUUCACCAGAAGAUCCUUGAACACCAGGAGAAGAAAAAAAGGGACAGAAAGAAAAACUAGCCGUCGUCGUGGCCCUCUGGUUGUUUAUAAAGGAGUACAUAUAGGACAAGAUGUGACUGUUGCACUGUUGUUUUAUGACCUGUUUUUUUUUUUAUUUUUUAUUAAUUAUAUACUUAUGUGUGUGAACUACUGUAUGGAUGUGUUGCUGCUACUCACAGUUUGAAACACUGACUGAGAAUGAGAGACCUCCUCCCCUGGUGCUGAUCCUCAGCCUGUGACUGUGGUCUGUCAUUCAUGAGCAGGAGAUGUCAUUUCAAAUAAAAUCGAGUUAUUUAAAUGUAUUUUACCUUACAGUCUCUGACUUGUGGACAGUUGGGCCGUGGUGAAUGAAAUCCUUUAAUGUAGCUGGUUUAUUCUUUUUUUUUUUGUCUUGUCUUUUUCCGUGUACAGUCAUAGGAAAAUAUUUAAUUCUGUUUCAUGUGUGAACGGCCAGAUUAACCUCCACAAGCGACCCAGGGUAAACAUUUACUGGUGAGCCCCUGUUGCUAUGGCAAUUUUUCCUCGAAUCACUCACAAAUCGAUCAGAGCUCAGUUGAAGUAGUUGAAGUACACUUACGGUAUAGUCGGUCGACGUUCAUGGUACGGACUUCAGUAAAUGUCAUGUAAACUUCACCUUGGUUCAAACCUUUCAUUUGAUAAAUGUCUAUGAAAAAGGUUGUUUUUUUUCUCCCUUAAUUCCAUGUAUUUAUUCCCCUCAUUCUUUAGCUCGGAGCAUUAAUGUUUGUGCAAACGGGUUCACACAUUAUUCCAAGUGCCUGUCAGUAACUUCCCACAACCCCCGAUCAAAAGGAUCUAAAUAAAUGGGUCCAUGCAACAUUCUAGGCAAAGUCAGAAAGAUAUUUCUCUAAGAAUCUGCUGCAGAACCUUCGGCCUUAACGAUGCAUGUUUAGACCAGUUUACACGGACUGAGGAGCAAUAAACAAGAUGCUUUAGGGUCAUCUGCCACUGUUCUGGGUUUCUAUAGGAAUGCUUCUUAAUUCUAGGCGUUGUGUGAUACAUUGCAGAUUAGUAAUUUUGACAAUAUUAAUUCUGUAUCUAAAGUUAAUUAUAAAAGAGUUUGGGAUAAUCUCUGCAACUCUUAUUGGUAUCGUUCUAAGAACUUUUUUUUAAAUUUUGAAAUGAAUGACCAAUAUGUUUUUAAUAUUCGACCAACCAAAGGUUACACUGGGACUGACUGACUCAAAGCACAUGGGAGACCCCGCUGUAGAGAUAAGAGAUAACUGAUACUGAGUAGCCUGAAUAUCACACACCAUUUGUCUGUUUUAAUAAAUCCUCUCUGAGCCUCA